AAAGGUAAAUUAUCAGAUUAAGCUGUAUUAGUGUAUAACAUAAUCCUAAUCUGUGUGUAUCGUUUAUGUUAUGAUAAUACACAUACACAGGAUAGAACUGUAGGAUGUAACCAGGCUUGAAUCUGACAUCUUCAGCUUCACAAGUCAAGGCACAGGGGCUCGUUACGAAAUGUUGAAUGAUGUCUUUCCGUAAACCUCGACAGCCACUAAGCACCAGUAAGGGAAAGAAAGAAAACCCAUUCACUGCUACAGAAGAAUCCAUAACUACUUCAGAUGAAAUGCCAGGACCCAGUGGAGAAGUUCCUCUAAAAAAACAGAAGAAAGGGAAAAACCCAACUCACAUGACUUUUUCAGACUCCGGUGAAGACUCUUUUAUCGAUGACCCAUCCGAUACAGACUAUUGGGACAGUGUACCUUCAGAUGGAAAAAAUGGUAAUAUCCCUGCUAGCAACUGGAAUUAUUCUGAUUUGAAGCAAACUAAUAUUUUCUUUGAUGAAAGAUCUGAGAUCUUUGAAGAUUUUAUGUUGGACGUUAAGGAAGAUAUUCUUAAGAAAUAUCCUCGUUGCCCAGAUUACAGCGAGUGUGUAAAUACUUUCAGUCAUCUUCUCAAAGAAAAUGUUGUCUUCUCAUAUGAAUUGGAAGGCAUUCGAGAAUUACGCAAACACAUGUAUAAAAACAAAAUGGCAAUGGAACAGAAAAUGAUGAAAGACAUACAGAGUGAUGUGCAGAAGGCAGAGAUUGUUGAGAAAAGUUUGGAUUUGAAGGACAUGUUAAACAGGAAGUGGUUUCCAGCUGUGAAGAGGUUUGCGUACCAAACAAUGAAGUUGAUAAAGAAGGCAUUGUAUCCUUUGGAAGAAGGGAGCGAGACCACGUGGCCAGCAGGUUCAGAUGACAAAACAAAAAGUGAAGAGGAGAAUAAUGCCACUGCUCUAUACAGGGAUGUGGAUGAAAAUUUCUUUCAACAUUUUUGUUCUAUAUUUGGACAGCUGUUUUUCUUAGAGCCAGAUGCAGUGAACAGAAAAACCUUUUACUUCAAUGAAAAGAAAGUAUUCAGCACACCAGAUUUAGCUUACUCUCUGCACAUGGAACCAUUUGCAGGUGUGACAGACGUACAGGACACAAUACUUUUUGUGAUUGGGGUGAAGAAAAAGCCAGUAAGAGUGAAAGGUUCAGUCUCUGUUUCACUAGAAAAACAAGUUGGACCAAAGGUCUUAGGACAAGUUGGAUCAGAAUUGUUUGCAGGGACAAAUUUUUCAAUACUGAAACCAAACUCUUUGGGAAUUGUCUGUAUGGAAACCAGAGUAAUAUUUGUAUACCUAAAGAUGCCAGAGGACCACUAUGUGAAUGUGCUGUUGGGAGAACCACUGAAAACAAAAGGGACUAUUUCAUACACUCAGUCAUUUGAUAUGUUAAAUGCUGAAGACAGGUCAAAAAUUGCUGGAUUUAUGUACUUCCUUGGAUGUGUUCAAAAUUGCCAGAGUUCCUGAGGAAUAAAAAACAAAACAAUACACUAAAAAA